AUGGCUGCUAACAAGUUUGCAACCAUGUUGCAUAGAAACACCAACAAAAUCAUCGUGAUCCUAGUGUAUGCAUUUCUUGAAUGGGUCUUGAUUGUCCUCCUUCUUCUAAACUCUUUGUUCAGUUAUCUCAUCACAAAAUUUGCCAAAUGGGUUGGCCUUCAACCACCAUGCCUCUGGUGUUCAAGAGUUGAUCACGCCCUGCAGCCCGGAAACAGCACAAGUUUGCACAGAGAUCUUGUAUGUGAGACUCAUGCAGCUGAGAUUUCCAAGCUUGGUUACUGCUCAAAUCAUCAAAGACUAGCGGAAACACACAGCAUGUGUGAGGAUUGCUUGUCCUCUCGGCCAAAUCAUCAUGAAAACUCCUUUGGAACGAGACAUAGAAUUGCUUUCAUUUCAUGGGUGAGUCAUGACAAACAUGAAAAUGGUGAGAGUAUAAACAAGUGUUCUUGCUGCAAUGAGAGCUUGAGCAGCCAGUUUUACCCUCCAUAUUUGCUACUAAAGCCUUCUUGGAACGAUGGGAAUUACACAAGCAAAGGGUCCAUGAUUGUAGAAGCAAUAGAUGAUGAAAAAGAAGGUGAUAAAGGCCUUGAGUUUGAGAGAAACAAUGGAGAAGUUCAUGACGAUGAUGAUGAUGAUGAUGAAGGGGUAGCAGAUGAGCAUCAGAUACUUUCUGAUAUUGAAAGUUUUAUCCUCAGAGAGGUGGCGGAGGAUCGUUCAAGUUCUGUUUCAAACUUGCAUUCUGAUGAAAAGGAUGCAGAGAAAGAUGAGAAAGAAGAUGAUCUUACCAUUACAGAGAUGGAUCCAAGUGGUGCUGACAAUUUUAUUCGUCAAUUCUCUGAUACUUACACUAUGCAGGGUUCAUUCUGGGAAGAUAGAUCACUUGAAGUCAUCAAUAUGCACUUUGAGAAUUAUGAAAAUUGUAAUACCCACCGCUUGAUACCUGUCAAGUUAAUUGAUUCCAUUACCUCUUUGAAUUCUGAGUCGUGCAAAUUGAAUGAUGAUCUGGAGGAUAUGGAGCAAAAGACUCAGACUUUUGCUUCUGAGUCACCAAUUGAAGUAAAAUCAAGUAUCUUAGAAGGAGCAGCAUUACUCACAAUGGAUGAGAAUGCAGAGAAAACAAGCAUGAGAGGAGAACUUGAAAGCUUGGAAAGUUCUAUAGCAUUGGAAGAGUUAAAACAGAAUUCAGUAGUUGAAGUACAUCCACAAAGGAUAACUGCUGAAGAAGUUCAAACUUCGUUGAAUGAUGACAACAGUGUUGAAGCAGCCGCAGAAGAAGAAGAUAAUACACAAGCACUUGAAAACAAAAGCCAUAGUAUGCUUCUGUUGAAUGAUCGUAUUACAUAUUGUCUUGACUACAAAAAAUCACAAGUUUUUGGUCAUGCAGUUGAUGAUCUACCUCGAUCUCAAGAACCGGUCUGCUCAUAUGAAUGCACACAAGAAGAUGAAUCUUCAUCAAGUGAUGAUGAUGCUGAAGUUCAAAAUGCCUUUGAUGAAUUUAUUGCUCAGAAUAAUCUAAGUAAGUCUCAAAGUUUAUCCAACGAUGACAACAGUAUAGAAGCAGCCAUGGAAGAAUCAGAAAAUACACCAAGAGUUAAUCUGCUUCCAUCUAAAGAACCAGCCAGCUCAUGUCAAUGCAUAUCAGAAGAUCAAUCUUCGGCAAGUGAGGAUGAUACUGAAGUUCCCAAUGCCUUUGAUGAAUUCAUUGCCCAGAAUAAUCUCUGUCCAGAUAAAACAGGAGCAAAUGAUAACGAGUAUGCUGAAAUGAUUGAGAAAACAAUAUCUGUUGAGAAAAAUCAUGAAGAAACAAGCCACCAAUCAUCCAAGUGCUCAGAGUCAUGUGAAGUAGAAGAAGAUAAACUUCCCGAAACUCCUAGUUCUGUAGAUGGCUUGCAUUAUCUGCAUAGGAAAUUGAUGCUAUUUGAGAAAAGAGAAUCAGGAACAGAAGACUCUGGGGAUGGUAGUGUUGCAAGUGAGGUAGAAUAUGGUGAUCCAGUAUUAACAAUUGACCGGCUAAAAACAGCUUUGAAAGCCGAACGAAGGGCUCUAAGUGCUACAUAUCAAGAAUUAGAAGAAGAGAGAAGUGCCUCUGCAGUAGCUGCAAACCAAACAAUGGCAAUGAUUACAAGGCUGCAGGAAGAAAAGGCAGCAAUGCAGAUGGAAGCAUUGCAAUACCAGAGGAUGAUGGAAGAACAAUCAGAGUAUGAUCAGGAAGCUUUACAGCUUUUGAAUGAGUUAAUGAUGAAAAGAGAGAAAGAGAAGCAAGAACUUGAGAAGGAAUUGGAAGAGUAUAGGCAGAAGGUUAUGGAUUAUGAAGCAAAAGAGAAAUUAAGGGUGUUGAGAAGAAUGAAAGAUGUAAAUGCAAGAAGUAGAGACUCUUCUUCUUCUUCUUGCAGCAAUACCGAUGAGUUAUCCAUUGAUCUUAACCGCGAAGCAAGGGAUGAAGAUAAUACAAAUGCUGAUGCUGUUUCUAAUUUGGAGGAGAUGGCAUUGGACUGUGUAAAGCAUGUAAGUGCUCUUGAUAAUUCAUUGGCAGAAUUUGAGGAAGAGAGGGCUUCAAUUCUUGAUCAGCUCAAAGCAUUAGAGGAAAAGAUUAUUAGUUUGGGAGACAAUGAGGAAUUACUUGAUGACAUUAAACUGAUUGAACAUUCAUCAACAUAUGGUGACAAAGACUUGAAUGAGAACUGCAAUUUUAGCAAUCCAGAUGAUAACAAGUAUUGUAAUGGGAUCUCAGAUGAUAAACACUCUCCAAGAAGAACAAUGGGUUCCUUGGCAAAGAGGCUCCUACCAUAUUUAGAUGCAGCUGAUGAUGAGACUGAGGAAGCAUAUACAUUUGACAAACAAUUGGAAACUGAAUCAGUUGAUAUUGAAAACUUAGUUCCUAUACUUGAAAUGGAUAGCAUGAAGGUAUCCAUUGAAGAGGAGGUUGAUCGUGUUUAUGAGAGGCUACAAGCUCUUGAAACAGAUAGGGAGUUUCUUCAGCACUGUGUGGGAUCCAUGCAGAAUGGAGAUAAAGAAGGGGAUCUACUUCAAGAUAUCUUGCAACAUCUUCGUGAUCUUAAGGCUGUGGAACACCGCCUUAAGAACUUGGAUACACCUCCUAAUGGUUCAGUGUAA